AUGGCGUCCGAGGUGUUCUGGAAAGUGGGGGAUGGGGAGGAGGCCAUGAUGAAAAAGGAAACCUUCAACGUGUCGAACCCAAUGUCGGAGCCCUUUCCGAACCCCAAGUCUAUGAACAGGACGGUGGCCACCAAAGGAUUCCCACUUUCCUCAAGGGGCAGUUUGUUUAACUUCACGGAGGAAGACAUCAGCAAUCUACCGAGGCCGAUGCCGGAGGAGGAGUCCGAGUGCAGCUCCGACGACAGCAGCACCUCCCCCGUCUCGUCCCCCCUGCUGAACCCCGUCAAACUGGCCGUGACCCAGCCCAACAGCAGCUUCUUUGCGGGGCUGCUGGAGGGCGAGCUGAACAAGCUCAGCCCCUCCCCAGCGGCCGAUGCAGACAAGGAGGACCUGGCCCUCUGCCUCCACCAGCCGAAGUCCCAAACAGCCCCCGGGGGCCUGCUGGACCUCGACAACCCCGAGGUGGACAUGGACACCACCUCCACGUCCUCGAAGUCCUCCGUGGUCACGGACGUGCCCGAGGCGCCCUUCAUCUGCGAACACACAGUCAGCGACUACACGGCUGUGAUUUCCUGGACCUACGCCCUGAGCAAGCAGCCGGUCAGUUUCUACCAGGUCCUGCUGCAGGAGGUCGUCAAGAACGACAGCAACCUGAAGACAAAGAGCCGCCCGUGGAUCUUCCACAAGAUCCUGGGCACCACCGUCAAGCUGAUGGAGCUGAAGCCGAACACCACCUACUGCCUCAUCGUCCGGGCGGCCAACACGGCCGGGGUGGGGAGGUGGUGCGAGCCCUACAAGUUUGCAACCGUCGCCAAUGACCUCAGCAGCUUCCCCGAGAACAACCCCAUCCAGGUCACGGUGCGGCGCAGGGAGCCCCAGCGCAAGACGGUGGCCAUCAGGCCGGAGGAGAUGCGGAGGCUGGAAGAUCUGGAAAACCUGCUUCCUUACUGA